UGUGUGGUGUAUCAUGGGAAAAUAAAGUUGUUUGCAAUCACAACCAAGUAAACAGAAGGAAAGAGGUGCGUGAAGACCUAGGGGGAAAGAUGUCAAGCUUUCCUGCCUCCGCCUCCAAGAGUUUCAGCUCGACUCCUCUGAAGACGUACCAGGACAGCGGCAGGGAACUGCACCGAUCCAAGAGUGUGGACUAUGACUCAACAGGCGACUCCACCUACUCUCUGCUCUCCCCCAUCUACCAUGACAGCUACGAGAGUGAUGAGGACCUGGCUGCAGCUCACCACGUACAUCAGAUAGACACCUCAGCCACACAGAGUGAUGACGCCAGACCCCUCUCACCCAUCAGAGUUGAGCAUGUGUGUUUCAGAGAUGAUCCACCACAGAAGCCCCCAGAGAGGACAGCAGUAACUGAGGCGGAGGAUCCAGAGGCAUCUCUUUCUGCCUGGGAGAGGUGGCUGGUCUGCAAAGCCAAAGAGGAGAGACUCAGAAUAGAAAAGAAAGCAGAGGAGGAGCGCCUACUGAGGGAGAGGAAUGAGGAACAGGAGAGAGAGCAGCAGAAGAAGAAGAUGGUAGUGGAGGAGAAGAUCCAUUUGUGGCUGCAGAUGAAGAAAGAACAGGAGAAGCAGGAGAAAUUGCUGAAGGAGAGCAAGGAGCAGGAGGAGAUGCAGAGGCAGCAGCAGAAGCAGAGGGAGAUUGAACAGAAAGCAGAGGAGAAAUACAGAGAGUGGCUACGGAGGAAGAAUCUGGAGAAAAUGGAGAGAGAGAGGAGAGCGAAGGAGGAGGCAGCCAGCAGAGAGGCUCAGGAGAGGGAGCGCAGACAGAGAGCAGAGGAGAACUUUAAGGAAUGGCUUCGUGCCCAGGACAAGAGCCGACCCAGUCCCAAUGCAACCGGCUGCCCACAAGGUGGCUAUGACAAUGUAACGUACCCAUCUCCCAGCUUCUACAACCCAAUCCCAUGGAAGCCCAUCCACGUUCCGCCACCAGAGAAACCACCAGUGAAGAAGACUUCCCGCAGGAAACAGCCGAGUCAGCCCAAGUACCAGAACAGCCCCAGCAUCCCAUUCAGACUCCGAGACACUGUAAGCUCAGCAGCUCGCCUGCAGAGGAGAUGACCGCUCCAGUAGAGGUUCACCUUGGACACAGAUCUAGGUUCAGAUCUACAGUACUAUCCUCAGAUCUAACCUCGGGGGAAACCACAAAACUGACCUUAGAUCAGUGUUUAGGAGCUUCAAGGUACUGUGAGAGGACACAGGGGAGGUGAUUAUUCUACUGUACAUACCAGGGAUCAUCAACUAGAUUCAGCCGCAGGCCGUUUUUCUUUUUUUCUUGAGUGGAUGGUCAGGGGGCCGGAAUAUAAUGACAAAUAAUUUGGAGACUGCAAACUGACCGCAAGAAGCCCAAACAGAUAUAACAUUUGACUAAAAACAUAAUAAUUUACAUUUACAUUUACAUUUUA